AUGCCCAGUAGAGGCCUACGUCUUGUGCGAGGCAAUGCGCCAUCGCUGAUACGGCAGCAAUGUCGAAAUCUCUCCUACACUCCCCGACCUCUCCUCCGCAAUACAUCACCUCGAAUAGGCUCCUUAGCACAGACACCACAGCCAUGGACGAGAUCAACACCGACGGCGAUUAUUUCGAUCCCGGCGAUACGACAUGCAUCUACCACACAGACUCCAGUCGAUCCAGCGACCGCCCCUCUGCCAGAGAACUCCACGUCUUCUUUUCCCGAUCUGGAUACGAUCACACUAAAUACCGUCCCCAAAACCGCAGAAGGUAUUGAUAUAUCGAGCAUCCCCGAAGGCAUCGGCUACUUGAAGCAGAUCGGCUUGGAAUACGGCUACGGUCCAACCUCGAUGAUCGAAUGGGUGCUCGAACACAUGCACAUUUGGGGUGGUCUACCCUGGUGGGGAGCAAUAGCAGCCACAGCAGUCGCCAUUCGCGUUGUUACCUUCCCAUUAUACUUAAAGUCCAGCGACAUCAUGGCACGACAAAACGCUCUCACCUCCGUCACGAAACCCAUCACAGACCGCAUGACCAAAGCACAGAAAGAGGGGAACACAGCGGAAGUAAUGCAGGCGUACAGGCAGCUCGGUCAGAUUAGGAAAAGAGCGGGCAUCAGCAUAACACAGCAGUUCUUGCCAAUUAUAUUGCAAGGUGUGAUUGGGUAUUGUGGAUUCAAGAUCAUGAGAGCGGCGUCAGAACUUCCAGUGCCUGGUUUCAAAGAUGGAGGGUUUUUGUGGUUGCAAGAUUUGACAAUAACGGAUGGAUAUUUGUUGAUGCCCAUCAUCAUGGCUGGGACUGUCCACAUGAUUGUACGAUUGGGUGGUGAAACUGGUGCACAGACGCAAUUACCAGAGGGCAUGAAGAAGGUCAUGCUUUAUGGUAUGCCAGCAAUCAUCUGCUUGGUCACCGCAUGGCAACCAGGUGCGGUAUGUGUGUGGUUCGCUGCGUCUGGUGCGUUGGGGAUUGUUCAGGGGAGAGUGUUGCAAAAUGCAGCUGUGAGAGACCUCUUCGGACUAGCACCAAUUUAUGUGCCGAAGCCAGGAGAGGGUGGUGGAGGAUUUCUGAGUGCGAUGCUGGAAGAUAGGGUGAAGGGGCUGCAACCGACGAGAUACGAACCCGCGCCGUCAGCUGGUGCGAAUGGUGGGAGGAAUGCUGCGUACAUGGCGCCGAAUUACCAAUCGCCGAAUAUACACAGACAGGGUAAGACGAUCGAUACGACGUUGGUGGCGCCAAACCCAGCAGGGACAUCGGCACCUUCAGAGGAGAUGAUUCAGCCCGGGAUGCCAGCGACGCCGAAGAAGGGCAUGUUUGAUGGGUUGAAGGAUCAAUUGCAGGGUAAGAUCUCGGAGGCGAGGCAGGUGAGGGCGAAGACGCCAGAGCAGAGGAAGAAGGAGGAGAGGGAGGCGUUUAAGAGGAGGGCGAAGCAGUAUGAGGAGAGGGCGCAGGGUAGGAGGGGGAGGUAA